UAUAUUAUCCAUUUUACAAUUUUGCUUGUUUAAAACAUUAUGAUGUUAAAGAUUGGACUAUAUUUUUUCUUACAUUAAAUAUUUUCUGGGAUACCCUGUAGGUAUUUUUUAUUUUAUCUAUAAAUAUGAUAAUGAUAACCAACUGUGUUUAUUCAAGUUAUCUGCAAACAGUUGCAAAAUUAGGACUGAGUGAACUUCGACAAGUGAAUAAAUGGGCAAUGUUUAGAGACAUAUUAUGCUGCUUAGUUUUAUUUUGGCCAUUGAGAGGUGGUAGAUCAGUGUGUGCAAAAAUAGAAGUAAAAAAUCAGUCAAAAAAGCCUAACCAAACAGCUGUACCCAGUUAAAUUUGGACUGAGCAGUAUUCUUUAUCAACAACGAUUGUCCAUCAAAGCACAAAUCUUGGAAGGUGAUUCUGACCAUUUCUAUUGGAACCUCCUCAUAAGGAAGGAAAACCAAGAUUUUAUAGAACCUAAAAAUGCGCAAAAAUUGGUGUCCUAUUUAAAAUUCCAGAAGUUCAUAAUUAGAACACCCUGUAGUCAAAAUAAUUUACGAAUUGCGAAGAAGGAUUUUGAAUCCAAACACUUUUGCAUAACUCUGCUUGGAAAAUCGCAGUGAGUCCACCUCUGAUAAUUUACUUCGGUAGCAAAUUGUAAGCAAUAACAAGUUUCAGCAGGACUUCCUCGUCUUGUCAUUUCGCGUUUUGACAAGAAUUUAUCACCACGUCAUUGUGAUUUACCGCACUUUGAACUUCCGGCUGGAAUAUUUGAAGUCGUUGGUUUAUGUCAUCAAUUUUAUUGAAAAUUUUUUCAAUAAGAAUAUGCCAGCGAACACAUGAUGGUCAUUUGCAAAAUAUUUGGUUUAAUGUGUAACUCCCAUAGAUUUUGCUACAAAAAGUCAUGUUUUAUUGAACCAUUACUUUUAUUUAGAAAAUUAUAUUCAUCGCACCAUCGCACAAUAUGAAAAAUAUGUAUAGUUCCUAAAUAAAAUUUCCAAAAUCAUAUAAAAUAUGUGCAGUUCUUAAAUUAAAUUUCCAAAAUCAUAUUCCCGUCAAAAGGUUAUCGUGGAUUAGUUUUAAAAGGGACGAUAAAGAUGGUUAAUAUGUAAUUAGUUUUUUUAAUUUAAUUUGGUUUUCAUCUUAGGUAGCUAUGGAUACCAAAUCACUGCAAGAAAAUUUAAAGGAUCAAGAGCAGGAGCAUUUCCGGUAUAGCUGCGUUUCUGAACUAUUUAAGAUUUAAGAGAGAAAAUACUAUCGUAUUUUCAGGUGCAAAAAUUAUUUUUGUAUACUUCUUUGUAUUGUCGGUAGUGAUCUGGAUUUGACAUCACUUGAAAUGAUCGGAAUGGUCUGUAAAGGAUUUUAAGAAUGUGCCCGAGAUUCAGAAAUUUGGCGGUAUGCUGCUUAAAGUACCUUCAGUUAAAUAUUUAAAAUGACUUUGAUUUGACUGAAUUUCGAUUUACACUUUGGAGUUCGAACUGUGGCUUAACCCCAGGAAUAUACUGUACUUGGCGACAUAUAUUUAUAGAAAGGUGCAGAGUACGAUACAAUGGAUACUACUGAAAACUGAAGACGAGAGAAAAGAAAAAAUUUUCAUGUCUGGGCAUUUUUAUCGAUAUUUGAGGUAAUGCAAUACUCAUUACCAACGGUUUUAUAUUUGUAAAAACCACUGAAUUUUGGGUUUUCUAUUUUUUUCAGAAGGAAGAGUGUUGAUAUUAACAUCUGAUGUUCAAAAACCAGCAGAACGCCUUGAUCAGCUAAAAAGUAGGAAUCCAAGAGAGAAUGUGGUGAUUGGUUACUAUAAAAUAUAAGAUAAUCAGGUUUCUAUACAAGUACGGCGUCACGGAACAAACACGAACUCAAUUCCAAGCGGCUCUGAAAGAGAAUUAUAAUAUGGUAUACUUCUAUAUUCAUAUUUUUAGCACAAGAAAGAUAUUGCUAAUGUGUGCCAAUAGUAUAUUAUGCUACAAGUGCGGUAAACGACAUUUGACUCAUGAGUUUAUUUGACACGAGCGGAGCGAGUUUUUAAUAAACGAGUGAGUUAAAAAGUUUACGGAACGUGUUGCAUACUAUACUAUUUCUACGAUCGUUAGAUUUGGGUACAUUUUCGCAAAACAACACGAAUACAUUCACUGGCAUGACCGUCAGAAUUGACAAACGUCAAAAUUCAAAGCGUGGGAAAUAUUUCCGAAAACAUCCGAUUGCUCCUAAACCCGUGCGGUAAAAUCCCGAAUAUAUUCGAAGUGGUUCGGAUUUGUCGGAAACAAAACAGACGUGGUAAAGUGACGCUUCCCGCACGCUCGAUCGGCCUAUCAAUAGGCAUUACUCGCUUCUGUAAAAACAAAGUAACGGUCUCAGAAAAAGUAUAAUAUGCAAUACGUUUGCUUCACUUUUUAAGUCACUCAUUUAUUAAACGAAACACCAGGGCGUUUAAAACAAUAUGCAAUAUUUAAAUUAAGGUUUAGGAAAUCGAUAAGUUGUAAAAAUAGGUCUUUUUUUACACGUAACAUAAUAUCUAACACGUAAACUUAUUAAUUUAACACUAUUAUUUUCGACAUUUCAAUUGGAAAAAUCAAUUUGAGUUAAUUCUAUUUCAAUAAAUUUGUAAAAUAUAACUCACAAUCACAUUUCACCCCUAUGACCAUAUUAACUGCAAACAAAUUAAUACAUAUUAAUAUUUAUAAUAAAUUAAAAUAACUACAUUUAAUGAAAAAAAAGUACCACUACUACUAAUUUUAUGACAAGACAUCAAACAUUUUCAGUUUCAUCAGUUAAUAAUAUAAUUUGCAUUGUAGAUAAAAAUUUCAGGAGAGCUGUAGCAAACACGAUUACAAAUUUGGUGUCAAUAUUUACAAUAUAACAGUCGAGUUAAAUGUGAGUUUACAAAUUUAAACAAUUCCAUUUUUAUUUUAUUUUUUCUGCGUUUCUAAUAUGUUGAAAAGUGUUAAAUGGUAGUUAUUUUUGAAAGAUACUUCAAAUUCUCUACUUUUGUUACAUAGUCCUCGUUUAUGGAGUCCAGCUUCUAACGGAAGGUGCGGGGAAGGAGACUACCUACCCGCGAGUGAUAUUUUAUUCUACAAGCUUUGCGUUAACACCAUUUAUUUUUGUAACUGAACAUUUUCGAACCAUAAUUUGUAACCCACCAAAAUUUUUAUUUUUUUAAUAGAAUAUAGAAAGAAACAUAGAAUAUAUCACAGGAAGAGAGGCACCGAGGUUACGAUUUUUAUGACUUAAAGGGUCAAAAAGGACAAAGUAGAAUAAAAGAUUUAAAUAGGUCUGCCACUUGUAAUAGAGUUUUAUUAUUAGAAAUUUUAUUGAUGAAUCACCGUGGACGGCGUCAUAUGAAGCUGGAAUGGAUUUAAUCCUUGGUAUACUCAAAAACAAAGGAAGGCAAAGCGAUAUGCAAAUUUAGGACCAUGGAAAGGUGUUUUCGAACUUUUGCGUUCAUCACAGCUAAAAGUUUUACAGCAGCGAGUGAACAACCUCUGACGUGAAAUAUGUUUGUUGUAAUUGCAUAUAAAAGUAAAACAUUUUAUUAAAAAUGUAUUACUUACAUUUUGCUGUAUUAACAGAUUGAUAAAUGUGUAACUGUAGUUAUUUGUACACGAAUAUUCCUGGGAUGCAACUGGUAAUGUCAAAUUAGUUUCAAAUAUUUUCUGAAUUUUCGAACAUUUUCAUACAAGGUGUUCGGUUUUGAUUUAAACCUCUUUCUAAUUUAUUUUUAUUUGGUAUUAUUAUUAUUAAUUGAUUUAGUUUUUUUUUGUUUUCUUUUUAGGGAAAGGGCUUUCUGCUUCAUGUUUCAUGAACUUUCUUUACAAGUAAAAUAUCUCUUGUUUUCUUUAAUUUAAUUCUCGCACUGCUAGCAGCCUCUACCGGUUUCGUGUCGCACUACUGCUUUUUAUAUCUAAAGAAUUCGUUAUUUUGAAUAUCAUCAAACAGCGCGUUUUUUCAGUUAAAAGCACAAAAACCAAAUUUUGGAAAAAAACAGAAAAGUGGACGCUCUCGCGCGUUGACCGUCAAUCCAACAACACGUAUCGGUUUUCGGGAGUGAAACAAACCAUAAUUGGACUAAGAUCUCACCAUCUGCGGUCCAAGAUCGUUAGUAUACCAGCAUCUGAGCCAGAAACAACAAAUAAAAUCGAGGAAUCGAUCCCCCACCACCGUCGCGAAACGGCAACCACUUCGCCCCCUCCCAAUAAAUGGUGUCGUGAAUCGAAUGGCUAAUGGUACUGGGUACCGACCACGAACCGACUUGAUGUGCAACUGUGUCCUGCGGCAAACAGUUUUUAGUGGUAACCCAUAGUCAGUUGAUAGCGGUUGAUAACAGCAAUAUGACAGCCAAACCAGAUUAUCAGCGAACAUACGCGACUCAGUACAGCGAUGAGCAUCAGACAACGGAGUAUAGCCCCGCCUCUUUACACGAAGGGGCAGUGCCAUCUCCCCACUCCAGGUCGGUCACUCCCAUCGAAUUCACGACUUACGCAACGUCGCGGGAAACGGAACAGGACAGCUAUCCCACUCUGAUACGGACGGACACUGGAGCGUUUAUAUCUAACUUUAGAUUGGAGGACGUUCAAAUAGAAGAGGCGCCUGGUACGUUUCUUCAAUUGGGAAACGCCAAUAUUAUCACAAAUUGCGAAUCAUCGCAUCAAAGUGAGUCUCCGAGUCCGGACCCACCCAACAGAACACCGUACACCCAUUUAACCACCAUCCAUGGGACGCCCGCGUCAGAACAUGACCAACAUCAAAUUUCUAACGUCGUUUGUGAACAAGGACAGACACAGUUGACUCAACUCACGAGUCACAUCAGUUAUACUGGAGGACUGGAACCAGUCAGCUCUAUUUCAAACCCGGUUUACGCGAGGAACCCGUCUCAGUUUAACGGAUCGAAUAUGCAUUAUUACAAUACUGGAUCGCCUGAACUUGUAUCCCAGAAUCACCUCUGGCCUAAUACUGUUAAUACGGGAACGACUCUUCCGUUAACUGAAGAUUACCAAAAGGUCACCACUACGACAAAUUCUCUACCGGGCUUCAACAGAUUGCCAACCUUUCAGGCAAAUAACAGAACCCAGGCAUACUCGACAUUAUACCCCGAUUUUUCGUACACCGAUCAAACUGCAGCCUACAACUUGAAUCCCCAAGUCUCCUCCAGAAAUAGAAUGUCCGCCGCCAAUACGUUAUCAGCAAUCGAUCCCAGGACCGCCGAAUACUUCACCGAAGGUAGGGAAUGCGUGAACUGUGGCGCAAUCGACACCCCUUUGUGGCGUCGAGACGGCACCGGCCAUUAUUUAUGUAACGCAUGCGGACUGUACCAUAAGAUGAAUGGAAUGAACCGGCCAUUGGUGAAGCAGCCUCGCAGAUUGAGUGCAUCUCGAAAAGCCGGGCUGAUAUGCACCAAUUGUGAAACAACAACUACGUCCUUAUGGAGACGCAACGCUCACGGCGAACCAGUCUGCAAUGCGUGCGGUUUAUAUUACAAACUACACUCUGUAAACCGGCCAUUAUCGAUGAAAAAAGACAAUAUACAAACGAGGAAACGGAAACCUAAGGGCAGUAAAUCGUCUUCUCAAGGCAGCGGUGGCCAAGUGCAACGACAGGCGGUGACAGGUAGAAUCAAAAUGGAAAACUCCGUUAAAAUUGAAACAAUGGAUGUCUUUAAUGUAUCGCAUCUUCAACACACGUCGCCGUCUAGUUUUCUGUACAAUCAACCGCACCAAAGGUUGAGCCCGACCUACUCAUCGCAUUCACCGCACAACAUGACACAACAAUAUUUUGAUAUUCUUCACCACUCCAGUCCCAGUCCACCCUCCACUUCGUCUGAGAUAAAUUCGGAAUCUCCGCACUCUCCCCAUCUUGUGAAUAACAACAAUAACAAUAAUAACAACUCGGAAAUUAUCAUCAACGCCGAGCAUACCUUAGAAAGGCCGACUGUGGUAUCACUUUCGUCGCAAGCCUGCUAAAAUCGUUAAUAAUUGUAAAUAAGAUUAAGUUAACAUCGUUUACUGUUGAUUAUAUAUAAAACGUGACUUUCCUAUAGUUAAAGUACCUAUAAAAGUGUAUGUUACUCAUUACGCAGGCAUUUGUAAAUUGUUACUCGUCCUGUAACAAAUUACAUUGUAUUUGAGCAACGAACGACAGAUGCAGGAGGAAACUAUUUUCCAGGGCUUCGUAAAACUUGUGAUAAAAUGAUUUAUAAUAUAUAUAGGUUGAUAUAAUAUAUUAGUUGAUAAACCACGAUUCGAUUGAAUAACGCACCCUGGGGAAUGUAGAGAUGUAGUUCUGAGUAGGUCAUAUAAUGAGAUUGAAAAAUUUGAGAUUGAUAAGGCACUCGACGACUUUAGAAAAAUCAACCAUUUUGUAUGUACAUCUUGUGCAGUAUGACGUUUACAACAGAAAAUUCAACCAUCAAUUCAAUUAUUCAGUUUCAAACCUCACGUUUGCUAAAUUUAAUAGCAGAUGUCUUUGUUCCAGUUUUUUAAAAUAUGCCUUGUUAAUUUAAUCACAAUUUUAUGUACUGCUUUUGAUAUUUAAUUUUUAAUUUUUUAAUUAAUUUUCUAAAAUAUUACAUAUUUUUGUUAAAAUAUCCAAAGAUUAUAUUAUUAAUCUAAUAUGAGAUUGUUGCUCUUUGCUCUCUUUUGUAAUAACUUUAAUUGAAUUUUUAAUUCAACGAAAUAUAAUUUUCCAUCUGGUUGUAAGUAAUUGACCACAGCAAAAAGAGGAAAAAUGAAUAUUCGUUAUUAAUAUUUUCCAAUGUGUCUACAAUUUUUGUAGUGCUAUUUUUGUAUUUUCUGCGCGACUAUAUUUCCAAAGAAAAUAGAUUUAAUUAAUCGUCUAAUCUGUAUAUUGUUGUUUAGUUGUACAUAAUUAGAUUUUAAAAAAUUUGUUUGCCACCAUAUUUGUUUCAAAAAAUUCUUAGAUUGUUUGUGUGCUCCGUCUGAAUAACUUUUUAAAUCAAAAAUAAAAUAAA